GAGUUGAUACAAAUUGAACGUUCGGUGGCGCGUCACUACAUUCGAUUAGCGAAACUUCCAGAACGCAUCAUGCCAGAACCCAGCGUCAAAGCGCCCAAGAAGGGCUCCAAGAAAGCCGUCUCCAAGGCCGUUAGCAAGACCGGCAAGAAGAAGAGAAAGACCAGGAAGGAGAGCUACGCCAUCUACGUGUACAAGGUGCUGAAACAGGUCCACCCCGACACCGGCAUCUCCUCCAAGGCCAUGGGCAUCAUGAACUCGUUCGUGAGCGACAUCUUUGAGCGCAUCGCCGGCGAGGCCUCCCGUCUGGCGCACUACAACAAGCGCUCCACCAUCACCUCCAGGGAGAUCCAGACCGCCGUGAGGCUGCUGCUGCCCGGGGAGCUGGCCAAGCACGCCGUGUCCGAGGGCACCAAGGCCGUCACCAAGUACACCAGCUCCAAGUAAACCAUCUCGCUGCUGUAAUCUACCAAACCAACGGCUCUUUUAAGAGCCACC